AUGGUUUUCAAGGUGCCGCGCCUUCUCCCUCUGCUCAUCCUCUUCCACUCUCUUUGCCUCACUUCUCUCGCCCUCCGCCGAGGCCCGGAGACCGAGGUCCUGCGGUGCCUGGACGACUGCGACGACGAGGACGUGCAGGAGUACAUCACGUGCCACAAGGAAUGCGAGCUCCGAUACCGGGAACGCGAAGAGAGGCGAGAAGAGGAGGGGAGGCCUGGAAGCCGAGAGCUCGAUCCCCGCUGGCAGCGCGGCCGCGGCCGCCGCCGUGGUGGAGGGGGUGGAGGAGGAGAGCGGGAACCAGCAUGGGGCCCCGGGGGGGAGUAUGACCAGUGCCGGCGGCUGUGCGAGCCGUACAAGCCGCGGGAGCGGGAGCGGUGCUGGGAGCAGUGCGAGGAGCGGGAGAGGGCGCGGGAGCGGCGGCGGGACAGGGAGAGGGAGCGGAGGUCAACGAUGGAGUCCGGAAUCCCUCAGGGGAUGCCUCUCGGUCGGAGAGGUACGAGCGGUGCGAGCGCGCCUGUGAGAGGCAGGCCGGAGGCCAGCAGAGGCUCUCUCAGAGAGCGAGAGGAGAGGGAGACACCUGGAGGAGGAGAUGCUAAACUCUUGUUAGCUACUACGACCGAAGAUCCGCAGCAACAGUUCCAACACUGCCAGCAAAGAUGCGAGCGACAGCAGGGCAGAGAACCGCAGCGCAGGCAGUGCCGACAAGAAUGCGAACGGCAAUUCCAGGAGCAGCAAAGAGGUAAGCGAAGAUCGACAAACCCUCGAGAGCAAGAAGAGGAGGAGGAGGAAGUAGGAGAGAGUGGGGAUAAUCCGUACUACUUCCAUUCGCGGAUGCUCCACAGCCGGUUCCGUGCAGAAGAAGGUCAAAUCAGAGUGCUCGAGCGGUUCGAUAAGAGGUCCAGGCUCCUCAGAGGCCUUAAGAACUAUCGACUAGAGAUCUUCGAGGCAAACCCCAAUACCUUCGUCUUGCCUCACCACGUCGAUGCCGAUUGCAUUCUCAUUGUCCUGAAGGGCGAAGGGACUAUAAGUUUGGUGUGGCAAGAUAAGAAACAGUCUUACCACUUGGAGGGUGGGGACGUGAUGAGAGUCCCUGCCGGAACUACCGUUUACUUCAUCAGCAGCGGACGUGAUGGACAAGUUCAGAUCGCCAAACUAAUUCAGCCCGUUAAUAUUCCCGGCACAUUCAAGGAAUUUUACCCUGUCGGUACUGAAAACCCGGAAUCAUACUACAAGGUAUUCAGCAGCGAAAUUCUCGAGAGUUCUUUGAAAACAUCAAGAGAUCAGAUAGAAAGGCUGUUUGGGCAACAGAGGCAGGGCGUAAUGAUAAGAGCCAGCGAAGAGCAACGGCAGGCACUGAGCGAACACAGUGGGCUCAACAAUGGUGCCGCACUAUAA